AUGUCUCAGUACAACCUUGGCGGUGUUGCGUUCCCAGGAGGACACACCCAAAGUGAGCCUACCGACCCCUGGAGGAGUCAGGCAAAUUCUACAUCAUCCGAAGCAGGACCAGCUGCCCCUGCAAAUGAACCACAUAAUAGCAGCACACCCAAGGUGUCAGGAGUAGUCAGAAACCCAUCACCCACCACCCUGCCAGAGUUUACCACGCUUGCAACCUGGGAAUGGCAGGGUAUCUCUUACGACACAAUCAAGGAAGCCGCCGAUGCCACAGCACCCAACACCAUUUCAAACGACGUCAAAGAAUGGACAAUGAAUGUGGUGCAAGCAUUCAUCAUGAGAGACAUUGUGAGCUCCUACGAAGCACUACGUCAAAAGAUGGAUGAACGUCACGAGCGCACGGUGGCCUCAUUGGAAGAAGAGAUACUGGCUCGUAUCCAUGUCGAAAUAAUGGCGGUGAAAACGCUCAUCAAGGUGAACAAUGGUCUGAUGGUCGAAGCCCAAGCAAUUCGCAAGGACUUCGAAGAUUACAAGGAUGAAGUAAAGGGUCAGAUGGACACCCUUUACAGCAACAUGGUCGCCCUGAAGGAGGCACAGGAGAAGACCACAACCUAUAUCGUUGGGCUGGAAACCCGGCUCAACAAUGCUAUAAUCAAUGCACCUCCCACAGGGAGAAAGUCGUCCGAAACCUUCGAGACCUGGUUCACAAACCUCCUCAUAUGGCUCGAUUACAAUCACUUCACGGAUGACAAGGACAAAAUUCGGCAGGCCAAUGCGCAUCUGGAAGGAGGAGCAGCUCUAUACAUGAAGGAGUAUGCAAUCAAGCUCGCCUCUGGACAAGACAUUGUGUUAUGA